AUGACGCGCGCAUAUGAUCCCAGUGUCCCCAUGAGCGCUGUCCCCAAGUUCUUUGAAGGAGCGGUCGUCAACUACGCGGAGAACGUAUUCCAUGGCAAGCGUCUUCAUCAAGCUGCGCUCAUUGGGAUCCGCGAGAAAGAGGACAUUGCUGGAGAUGUCUGGACCUGGGCGCGGCUGCGGGAAGCUGUGCGGCGGCUUCGCAGCGCCUUGCUUCAGAGCGGAGUACAGGAGGGAGACCGGGUUGGUGCUAUCAUCUCGACGAGUGUAUGGUCUGUUGCGCUGUUCCUGGCUACUGCGUCGAUUGGGGCUGUCUGGAGCAGCAUUGCGCCAGAUAUUGGAGAGGAGGGCUGUGUGUCCAGAUUAGACCAGAUUAGUCCCAAGGUCCUUUUUGCAGACGACUGCUCGACAUUCAAGGGCAAGACUCGGUCGAAUGUCGACAAAGUACGGAAUAUCGUGGGCAGACUCACCCACAAGCCUGAACUGUUUAUCAUACAGCUGUCCAAGACUGCUCCCCCAUUUCCCACUCUCGACAGCUUUCUCGCACGGUCCAGAGAUGAUAAACUGGAGUUCAACCGCGUCUCAUAUUCGCAUCCUCUCUACAUCCUUUACACCAGCGGCACAACCGGCGUACCCAAGUGUCUUGUCCACGCGCACUCGGUUAUCAUCCAACACAAGAAGACCUCCCUCCUCCACAACUCACUGACCCAUGACGACGUGGUAAUGCAGUACAGCAGCACCUCCUGGGUCCUAUGGAACGUCAUGGUAGGCCAUCUAUCCGUCGGCCCAACACUGGUUGUAUACGAUGGAUCACCACUCUGGCCGAGUCCUAAAGCCAUGCUAAAAGCCCUGGAGCACCACCGUGUAACCUACUGGGGAAUAUCCCCCGGAUUCCUGCACCAGCUCGAGAUGACUGGAUCCAUUCCCAAGGACGAAGCAGACCUAAGCGCGCUCAGGAUGGUCCAAACCGGGGGAUCUCACCUAGCUGCAAGCCAGUACCACUGGUUCUAUCGCACGUUUCCAAAGUCCGUUCACCUCACAAGCGUCACUGGUGGUACAGAUCUGGUUACGUCUUGGAUCGGAACAGACCCAGCAGGGCCAGUAUAUCCUGGGGAAAUCCAGCUCCCGAUGCUCGGACAAGACGUCGACGUUGCCGACCCCUCCACAGGACAAUCUAUCAGAGAAACCGGCCAGCAUGGAGAGUUCGUCUGCCGGACGCCAUUCCCGUCAAUGCCGGUAUUCUUCUGGGGAGAUCAGAACAUGGCCAAGUACAAGGAAGCGUACUUUGAUCUGUUCCCUGACUGCUGGGUGCAGCAUGACUGGGCGAGUUGCAACCCGUCUACGAAGGGGUGGCAGAUUCAUGGACGAAGGUAUGUCCUUAUUCCUAUUUACAUAGUAAGUAGUCUAACAUGUGUAGUGAUGGUGUUCUGA